AUGGCUAAAAAGAAGUCGAAUUCAUCAAACGCAGCACAAGUUUUGGAAUCUUCUGUGUCUCCUAUUUUGGAAAUCAAUUAUGCAGACCCAUUAUUCACUGUUGCUGCACAUCCAACCAAACCCAUUCUAAUAUCAGGUCAAGUCACAGGUCAUGUAUUCUGUAAUACCUAUGACGGUGAAAAAUUGGAAGAAUCAACACAAGCAAAGAGAGAAGAGUAUAAUCAACGUGAAAGAGAUUCUUAUUCAAAGGGAAAGAUCCCUCAUGUCAAUAAAUCAGUUUCGCAACUGAAAUCGAAAUGGUGGACUGUUAUUCAAGAUAAUACAGAAAUCGCCAAAGAUGAUGAUUUGAUCAAGACAAAUUGGAAAACCAAACGUCACAAGGGUUCAUGUAGACAUGCUAUUUUUGAACCGUUAGAAAAUUCAGUUGGUGAAUUCAUCUAUACUUGUGGAACUGAUAAUAUCAUCAAGAAGGCUGCCACUGAAACCGGGAAAGUUGUGGGAAAAGUAGAUGCCCUGUCUGAUUACUCAAAUAGGAAGGAUGCUUUGACCAAGCUUUGUCAUUCCACCACUCACCCUUUCUUGUUAUCGGGUACCGAAGAUGGGCAUGUUUUAGUGUAUGAUAGUUCCAACUUGAGUUCCAAUAAAUUGAAAUUUAAAGUCAACAAUGCUCAUGAUGAUUCUAUAAAUCACAUACUUGCCAUGCCUGCUGUUUCUGCAUAUCACUAUCUAACAUUAGGAUCUACCACAUUAUCUCAUAUUGACAUCAGAAAAGGGAUCAUCACUCAAUCAGAUGACCAGGAAGACGAGCUUUUAUCAAUGUGUUUCCCAAGUACUGAAAUAGCUGAAAAAAAUGAUACUGUUUUGGUUACCCAUGGAGAAGGGAUAAUUAGUGUUUGGAAAAAUUCCAAGAAUAAGCUUAUGGAUCAAUUGACUCGUGUUAAGGUUAACAAAUCUGCAUCUAUCGACGCUAUAAUUCCUACCAUGAAUUCAGAUGAUGAUAGCUUGGCCCAUUCAGUUUGGUGUGGUGAUAGUGAAGGUUUGUUACACAGAGUAAACUAUAAAACAGGCAAGGUUGUUGAAACCAGAUUGCAUUCCGUAUCAAAAGGUAAAUAUGGUGCUGUUGAUGAAGUUGGUAUUUUGGACAUCGACUAUGACUAUAGGUUAAUUAGUGCUGGUAUGGAUACUUUGAAAAUAUGGUCUAAUGUUGAAGUCGAUGAUGAAGAGAUGAGUAGUGAUAACAGUGAUGAUGAUGAUGAUGAUGAACAAGAUGAUAAUGCUGAAGAUUCCUGGACAGAUACUAGUUUGAGUGAUAACUCUGAUGGUGAACCUUCAUCAAAUGAUGAAGUUGAAAAAGAUGACGAAGACGAACACGAGGAAGUAGAGGAGAAACACGAUACUUUACAUAAAAGAAGAACUGAUCUUUCAGAGAUUAUUUCCAAACCAAAGAGAAAGCUUAUCAAUAUCAACAAAUUGACUAAAUCCAGCCAAACUUCACCAUCUGAAGAAAGUGAUAAUGAAGAUCAACCAGCAGAGAAAAAACAGAAAAUCAAAGAAAAGAAAUUAACUACAAAGCAAUUACGCAACAUGCAAAAACAUGAACAUGGUAUCCGAAAAUUUGAAGGAUUGUAA